AUGAGUGAAUAUCAAAAUUCCUCAGCAAUCACUAUUGGUAAACCUAAUACAUAUAAUAUCCAGGAUGACAGAAUCGGAUCUAUCGGUCCAUUGGAUUUUAGUACGCUAAAAUAUUGGUAUGAGUCCGGUAUGAUUGAUAAUAAUGCCAAUAUUUUAGAUGGCAAUACGGGCCAAACUAUGCAAAUAACAAAAAUAUUAGAAGAGUCUACGCAGACAGCUUCUCCAAUGCCAAAUUGGUUUUUAUGGACAACAAAUCAAACGCCUUUUAACAAUAUGUUCGCACGUGUAAAUAAAUGCUUCGUUUCAAAGCAAUCCCUUACGGAUUUUAAGAUUGCAAAUACGCAAUUUUCAUUCGGUUCUGUUCAAGAUUAUGAAUUGUUCUUAGAGCAAGAAAUUGAAAUAUCACCUGCGGUAAAGAAGUUUAAUAUUAAUAAGUUAGCACAACCAUUUGCCCAAUGGGUUUAUAAAACAUUUACAGAUCUUCAUACUGAUAUUACUCCCGAGGAAGUUUUAGAUUUUAUUCUAAAUCCAAAUCCUGAUUAUUGUAGAUCUGUAAUUAAUUCGAGAGUUAAGCCAGAAUCCGUUGCAAAUAAGUUUUUCUCUGUUUAUAAUCAAUGGCGUGUCUAUAUUCCUUGUUUUGUUGAAAAUGUCCAACAAAAUAACUAA